GGGGGGGGGGGCGGGGGUGCGCAAAAAAAAUCGACACUUGUCACAGGAGAAGAAUCGUUCACUUCUCAUCUCCCAAAAAAAAGAAUUUUUACUUCUGUACACGAGCAGGCAACCCAUGGCAGAAGCUGCGAAGCUUCUUCCCCACCUCCCCCCGCUGUAUAUAUACAUACCCCUCGCCCACCGUCCCUAGCCCGAGCUGAUCCAGUCCAGGCGUGGCGGUUUGACUUCCUGACUCGGGAAUUGGAAGCGUUUGAGGAAACCGGGGAGAUCUUCGCUGGGGAAUUUGGAGCGCGUUGGCCGAUUGGUCGCGAUUCCUGGACAACUGAAGGAAGGAGGGGCGCUGCUUUGCUGAGGAGAAGGAGGCGCCGUUUUGUUUGGGGGAUUUUGCUCGGGCUCCGGUCGAGGAGGUUCCUGAAUAGCAGAAAUUAACAGGUAGCGCAAUGAAGGCACCAUCACUACUAGUUCAGUGUUUCCCUGGCUUGCUUCCCAGCAAGGCCACUAGUUGUGUGCCGAUUGUAUCUGAGAGGGAUCUGCAUCUGCCAUCACCGGCUGUUGAAAUAAUCCCCUCAAAGAGUGCUCACCCUUACAAAUAUGCUGGAGAGAAGGUCGACGUGCAAGGUCUUGAUAUUUUCAAGGGAAAGGUCAUUGUAGCGGAUAUGAUAGCCUUUUCACCUUCUGAAGUAGCAUCAUCAAAAUAUGAUGGAACUCUGAAAUAUUGGGAGAGUUCCAUUACUCUUGUCAACAUUCUUAAAAAUGAGAUCCGUGAUGGACAGUUGAGCUUCAGGGGCAAGCGGGUUCUAGAGCUCGGAUGUGGAUCUGGUCUGUCUGGGAUUUUUGCCUGCUUGAAGGGUGCAUCCACAGUUCAUUUUCAGGACAUAAAUGCAGAAACCAUACGAUGCAGAACAAUACCCAAUGUUCUUGCAAAUCUUGAGCAGGCUCGGGACAGGCAGAACAGGCCAUCAGAGAGCCCUGUUACACCAUCUAGGCAGCUCUUGGAUCCUAAUGUACAUUUCUACGCUGGGGAGUGGGAUGAGCUCCCGACGAUUCUCUCAGUUGUGCAGCCACCCACAGUGCCAACAAACCUCAGCUUUUCUGAGGAUGAUUUUAUGGAUGGCUGUAGUAGCCAUGACGGGAGCAGUAUAGUUGGUCAUGACUACUUGCCCAGGCGAUCCAGGAAGCUUUCUGGCAGCCGUGCAUGGGAGAGGGCUAGUGAGACCGACCAAGCAGAUGGUGGCUACGAUGUAAUUUUGAUUUCUGACAUUCCCUAUGCAUUGAACUCUCUGAAGAAGCUCUAUGCCCUUAUCUCAAAGUGCCUACGUCCUCCAUAUGGAGUCCUGUAUGUGGCUUCAAAGAAGAACUUGGUCGGUUCCAAUGGUGGUGCGAGGCAGCUUCGAGCUUUGAUGGAAGAGGAAGGUGUCCUUGGUGGUCACAUUUUAACUGAGAUUUCUGACAGGGAGAUAUGGAAGUUCUUCUUCAAAUGAGCAAAUCCAGGAACUGAGAGGACGAGGAAAUAAGUCCUGGCCUCAAAACUCAUUUUUUUGGUUUCUGCCGGCAGUGCUGUACAUACCGCAAAGCGUAGUUCCAUUAAUUCUUUGGUAGUAAGCUGAGAUUUGAGAAUUGUGUGGCUGAGCUUGCACGAGUAUCAAAUGGCAAAAAUGUUGGAAAUUUUAUCCUUGAGAUCUGCUAUGUCCGUAUGUCGUGCUGAUGUUAAGUAUAGAAAGCAGUUGCAUUCACCUUUUGUAUACAGAAUAUAUGAUGAUGGCAAUUUAGUCAGAGCAUGAUAUCGGAUAUGUUUCACAAAUUUUUUU